CCCGCCCCCGGAUGUGGCUGUGCGGCCGUUCCGGCCCGUUGUCACUGACGCUUCGCGGUCGCUGGGGCUGCUGCUGCGGAGUCGAGCGGGGAGCCCGGCCAGUGGAUUCUGAAUAUGGAAUGGGGAGGAGAGUAUUCUCUUGAUUCUUCCAAUUUAGACUGUUUAUUAAAUGUUCUCCCUGGAGAACUGGAGUUUCAACAGAUCCUUGAUGAUCUUGAUGAAAAAAUAAAGAAGAAUUCUUCUAGCAUGGAACAAUGUCUUAAAGAUCUGAGAUCAGAAGUAAAUGAAAUAUGUACUGAUGAAAUACUACAAAGCACAAAUGACUGCCUUCAGUGGUUAAACAACUGCAAUUUUGUUUCUCUCCGUCCUUCAUCUACACAGCAUGGAGAACUGAUGGAGUUCCUUAGGACUCUGCAAAGGUUGCUGAAGAAUGAGCAAAAUCAAGAAGAAAUGAUUCUUCACUUCCUUCUGGAUCUCUCUAGUCAGUGUGGUGUUUCAUUUCCCUGUUCUCCAAGUGGGAUGUCUUUUGAGUUUACAUCUUCUCUUCAUGCCAUUGAGGAUGAUUCAACAAUGGAUGUGAAAUCUCUCUGGGAUGAUGUGAGACUGCACCUUCGACGAUUUUUAGUAAACAGGCUGCAAAGUCAAGAAGAGACAAAUCCCAAUGCUUCACAACAACAAAUGCAGCUUAAAACUCAGUGCAUACAGCAACUUCUGUUCCUUUAUCCUGAAUCAGAAGUCUUAUCAAAGUAUCAAAAUAUGCAGAGUAAAAUGGUUCGUGAUCUUCUACAGAAUUGUGUUUUGUCUAGCUGUGGUGAAACGAAUUUUGAUAAGGUCGUUCAUGGCUACCAAAGUUCCAUACCGACACUAUGCACAAUAAUAAGAGAAGAUUUCUAUAUACUAAGUGGAACUAUCGAUCCUUCUUCAUCUCUGAAGUUCAUUAAUGAAACUUAUCUGGAUACUAUCACUGAAGAAAUAACAGUUCUUCUUGAAAGACUUUGUGAGCUGCAGUUCAAAGAAAAUGCUCUGCACAUAGUUAAGGCGAACAAGAUUUCAAAGAAGCAUAGGAGAACGGUUCAUGCUGUGGCCUCGCAAGAAUACCACAAAAAAGGAAGGAACUUUUGUUUAACAUUGUAUCAACUUAAAUGUCUUUCUCAACUCAUCAAACUCUUUCUAUUCAUGGAAGAAAAAAUUGAAGAACUCUGUGCAGAAAUUCUGUUGAUGCCUUUGUUUACUGAGAAGAAUAAGAAUGUUCAAGGAGUUCUGAAAAAAGCUAGUGGGGAGCUUUUAAUGGGAGAAACUAGAGUAGAUGAAGCCAGUGUGCUUCCUGAACAGUUACUUCAGGUAAAAGAGCCUAUUUUACUGAAUUUUGGUUGGAGAAAUGCAUUUAAGGACCUGUCUUCUUCAGUGGCUCACUGUAUAACAAUAGCAAUUCAGGAUUUUUCAACUAAAAUUCUUCAACAUGAGCUGCAAGAACAGUCUUCAGCUGCUGGCUAUGCAAUGAGUCUUGUAAACAACCAGCAAAUAAGGGAGUCCUGCAAAGCAUUCCAACAAGAGGAGCAACCAAAACGAAUUGCUAAGUUUUGUUCUGACAUCAUGGGAGAACUUGACACACUGCUUCCACUGGCUCUGGCAUGCAGAGAUGAUUCUCUUGAGGAAAUUAGAGCAAAUUUUGUAGAGGCUUGCAGCAAAGUAGCGACAGCUGUCCUGGCAAGACUAGAGGAAAGAAGUGAAGACGUUCCCUCCAAGGCUCCCCUGCAAAACUUAUAUGCUGCUCUUUCCACAGCAAUAUAUGUCUGUCAACAUUUUACAAUGUAUAGCAAUUUAAUGAGAGAAAGCAGCAAAAAACCUCUUUUCUUAGUGCCUAUCCAACAAUAUCAGGAAUUCAUCAACGUUCUUCAGUUUCAAGUUACGAACUACUGUGUCAGAGUUUGUGCUACAAGCAUUUUGCAGGAUGCUGAGAGCCACCACUGGGAUGACUACAAAGCUUUUUAUGAGGGUGAAAGAUGCUCAUUCUCAGUCCAGAUGUGGCAUUACUUCUGCUGUGCUCUUCAUCAUGAUCUAUGGACUAUUCUACCUCCCAAGUUAGCCCAGGAGAUUCUUACAGAUGUGCUAGAGCAAUCUUUGGAUGUGCUGUCCUCUAGAUAUUCCCAAGCCUGUCCUAGUUAUAAGCGAACACCACAAAUCAGAAUAGAUAUUGCAGCAAUUUUGAUGUCCACUGAAAAUAUGCUGUGGUCAGUUUGCAGCUCAGUCCAGGAAUUUCUGAAUCCACAUGAAGACAGAGAUCUCAAGAUCUAUAAAAUACAUAGCCACUGCAAUAAUAUGCUCUCUGUGCUAGCUAUUUUAACUUCACCACUGAAAAAUUUGUAUGAGACUUUUGUGAACAGUUCUGGAGAAAAUCUUCCUCAUGUUUUUUGUAAAGGCUUUUAUCAUCCAUUACGUUGGUUCUUUUGCAUACCAUCAUCCAGUCCUUCCUUACCAAAGAGUCCAUCAGCCAGAGAAAUGGCAGCCCAAGGUCAACUGAAACUGCUCUUAUCCCAGCCAUACUGUAAUUUGAACUUGCUCUUGGAAACCUUGCUGUAUAAUGAUUGUCUCUUGGUGAGAAUUUUACUGAAAAGUUCAAGAAGUGAAGUAUUCAUUGGUGAUGAACAAAGUUCUCUCUUAGAUGAGAUAAAUAACAAGGAGCCUACUCUGACUGAAACUAUCUUUACUAUAUUGUCUGACUGCAUUUUAUCACCCAAAUCACUUGGCAUUGCUUUUGAGGCCCACAUGGAAAAAGAACAGUUGUGGGAUUCCUUAUACAAUAUGACAGUUUCCAGUUGUGGCGACUCAGAGCCAGAGGUUAUCAGAUGCUUGAAGCUGAUAUUGAUUAAUUCAGUCAAGGGUAUAGUUAAGCAGAUUGUUUCUUUGAUGCAUUCAUGGGAAGCAGCAGAAAACUAUGGAACAUAUCAGCACAAACAAAUUGUUCCUGAAAGUUUACUGAAGACAGUUCCAAAGGAGUGGAAUUAUACACCUCGGGAAAUGAAGAGGAAGGAAUCCGGGAAAUGCUUCACAAGGCUUGCAGCUCAGGCAGUAUCUAUUGUAAUCAGCAAGUUACCUACAGUGAUUGCAUGUUUGCCUCCCCCAAUUAAGUACUUCUUUUUUCUGGCUGAGAGAAAAAUGUCAAGAAACUUUGCUGAAUUGAAGAAAGCUGGUCUGCUUGUCUGGAACUUGAUUGUAAUUAUAUGUCGGAUAUUUGAGGAUGGAAAUACUGCAGAACUUUUAACAGGUGCAACACUUGACAGAUGGAGCAAAGAAAAACUCAGUUUAGUUCGUGUGUGCUUAGAAAGUAUUAUGGGAAAACAGAAAAGUGGUCCUAAACAAGUGACCCAGAAGGUUAUACAGAGCAUAGAACAGCAAAGACCAAACUGGAUUGAAAGUCAGUUGCUAAAGGCAAGAAAACUGAGCACAGACUGUGGCCCGGAUCCAAUAGAAGGUGCAGUGUUAGAGCAAGAAGGCAUUGCAUUUGGAUUCACUGAGCAGAAAAUAAACAUGAUGGUCCUGGAUAUCUGCCACAAACCAGGUGGCAGCAAGUACCUGAGGCAAAUUUAUCACAUCAUUCGGCUCAAUGAGCAAUAUUUGAAUGAGCAACUGUCUUACGAGAAUUCUCCUGAAGAGAAUGUAACUUCCAAUCAAAGCUUGCUUUUGACACUGAAGGGCAAAGAGGAGCAAGCUGUCUUCAACCCCUUCCAGGUGCACAGCCAGUCUUGUGUGAAAGUGUUCAAUCAGUCAACCAUUACUGAAUGGAACUGGGAUUGGUCAGACUUGCUGUCAAGUUGUUUGGGACUGAAUCAGAUGACCUUCAGGGUGCUGCUGGCACACAGGGACAUGUGGAAUGAAAUCCUCAGGCAAAGAAAGUCGGCUUGAGAUGAGAGAUAUUACACCUGUGGGCUGUGUGAGGAAAGAGCUGUGGGAAGGGAAGAAUUGGUCACAGCCUGAAGGAAGGAGCAGAGAGAAGAUCAUGCAUGGAAGGAGAUCUUGCAUUACCUUACUCCCCUUUGCAAUCAGGAGAGGGAAGUAGGGCAAUACAAAGGAAAUGAGUGUAAAUAGCCCUACUGACGAGAGAGGAUCAUCGACUGCUGAUCCCACAGGCUUCAUUGUUUGAAGUUUAUUAUUUUCUCUAAAAUUUACCUGGUUUACACGCAAAAGAUUUCUACAUCAUCUGCUAUAUCUAUAUAAUGUAUUAUCUGCUAGUUGGUAGAAAAAUCUCUGGGAUUUGAUUAUGCCUUUUGUGAUGCCUUCAGGAUAAUGCCUUUCUUGAUGCCUCAGAUGAUCAGUGUUACCUUCUUGCUUAUCCCCUUAUUGAAACUUAUCAUUGUAGAAAUUCAUGGCUUACUAAAACGUAAUUUCGCAUUCACUUCUCUGACAGGUUAUGUUUUUUAGUACUUGUAAUUCUGUUAAACUAGUUAAAGCUGAUAACUGUUUCCAUUCAAGUACCGUGAUUAAGCAAGACUGAAAAUUUUGAGUGUAUCUUUCUUAAUUAUACUGUUAAUGGGAUGGUCUGUAGAUAUUAAGGGCUAUAAGAUAGACAUUUUCUGAGUCUUGAAGUAACUGUCAAUUUUUUUCAGUGAUCUUGAGCUUCACUUUUUUAUUAAAAGAAAGACCAGUAACAUUUCUAAACAUUAACAAGCAUUUUCUUCACUUUGACAAAAUUAUACAAUUUAAGUUUUUUAUAAUUGUUUUUGUUUUAAAAUAAUUCUUGGUUCAUU